AUGCCCCUCCAAGUUCGUCCCACCCUUGCCUUGGCCGGGGACCCGAGUCCCGAUGCCAUCUACGCCGUCACUCUCCAAGAUGGCACGCAGGUAGCGCAGCAAGUGGCGCCAAUAGUCCAGCGCAUCUUAGCUGGAAGCGAAGCCGUGCGUACGCACAUUCGACAGCUUUGGACUCACUUGAGUGCCGUGACCUCGCUGAAAUUCAUUGGCUCCUACUUGGAGCGUCUCCCCCCGAGCGCCACGUUCGACUUGAGCGUCUUUGCCGACCUGCGCAGCCUUCACAGUGAUGCGCGACAUGAUGUCGUGACCUGGGAUGAGCUGCGCGAGCUCGACGUGUAUGCCAACGGCAUUGAUAGUCUUGACGGACGCUUAGCCCUCUGCCCCAAACUGAUGAUGCUCAACCUCGGGGCCAAUGAUCUGGAGGAGCUCACCCCGCACCUCAAGUACCUUGGAAACCUACACACCUUGGGCUUGGCUUUCAAUCGUAUCUCCUCUUUGAGAAUCCUGGAGCGCGUCGAAAUAUCAGAAGCCUUGCAGCGUUUGACCAGCCUCAGCGUUGCCGGCAAUCGCCUGACCUCCCUCAACGGCAUCGAGCACCUCAUGUUUCUGACCCUUUUGGAUGCAAGCAGCAAUCCGCUCAACUCCAUUGCCAGCGUCCGUGUCUUGCGCCAACUAGCCCCAGCCCUGCGCGAUGUCAACUUGGAAAAUUGUCCCGUGAUGCAAACGACCGACGCUAGAGAGCGUAUCCUGGCUCUAUUUGGCAGCAAUUGGAGCCGUGUCAUGCUCAAUGGUCGGCCUGCAGGGGAGGAUCGUGAGGUGGCUCAGAAGAUUGCCUACUACGACCAGCAGCAUGAAAGCAUGAUGCAGGAGGAGGCCCGCAUUACUGCGCAAGGCCCCGAAAUUGUCACCGUCAAGCUCAAGACCAAGAAGAAGAAAGGUAGCAAGACUGGAUCACCGCGCAGCACCCGCAAAGCGGUCCUACGUAGCAACCCGUUGGCUGAGACAGGGGCAAGUUUGUCCUCUGUGGAGCGUGAAGAUGUGUUUCAAUCAAGCCGUGACCUGCAGGCCGACAGCGCCUCUGCGCGUUCUGCCAGCGCUUUUAGUGGCAACAGCGACGAGGAAUCGGAAGGAUCGGACUCCCAGGAUUCGGACGACGAGGCCGAAAAGGGUGAAGCCACCGCACCAAGGGACCAGGAUCACUCGAAUCGUUCAAUCAAAGAAGGUGUUAAAUCGCCCCCCUCCCGUACAAGUCCUCGCCAGAUGCCUACCGUACAGCCAUCGUGGACCGACGAGAUUUCCUUUGCGGAACAAGACGUGCUGGCUGAUGCUGGAACGUCGGACACAGCCAGCCUAGCCAGCUCAACUUUGGACCCCGCCGCAACCAUGACCAACAUGGCUGAAGGGCUUUCGUCCACACCGCGACGUGUGGGGCCACGAGUGCGUCGCACGAGCAACGACCCGCACCCUUCUUACGACCAGGUCGAUGACCCUGACGUGGAGCACACUCUGCUUGUUGGAAACUCAGCGGAGAAGGCAGACCGCCGAGCCAGUCAGAUUUCAGAGCAAGGGUAUAAUCCGCACGAUCUUGACGCGACAGCCAUUCCUCGCCCCAACAAUGAGCAACCGUGGCCACAUGCUGACCACAGUCAAGAACCUCUUGAAGCAAAUAUGACGCAUGUGCAGCCUGCGAACGCGGAGAGCACGCCCCAAACGGCGUUUGCUCCAAACACUCUGCAUCAUCAGGACUCACAUGACUCGGCCGGAUCGCGUGGUGCCGACAUUGAAGGGGUAGUCAACGCUCCCAUGGAAGCCCCGCGUGUGCUCAAGGUGAAAAAGUCGAGAGAUGCCAAUCGCCGUCGCAAAAAAGGCAAUCGCUCACGGCGACCAUCAUCCAAGGUCUCUAUAUCGGCGGACGUGGUCAGCGAUGACGAGACCAACUCUGCGUCACGCGACAGUCUCCUGGCUGGAACCCACGUCGAGGACGAGGAUGAACCUCGGACACCUCGUGCAGAGGAGAAUACGCCUGUCCGACCCGUCGACGACCUGAUUCAAAACUACCUCAAGUCUGAGUCGUCUGCUCCCACUGAUCCUGCGACGACACCCGUCCAGGCUUCGCCCGCAAGCAUGUAUCCCGAUCACUCGGCUGACGAAGCAGCCGUGUUGCCCGCCGUAGCCACUGACACACAAGUCCCUCCACCCCGUGCCGUCGUCCGCGACUAUGCAGCCAGCUACGAUUUUGAGGUCGUUCAGGUGACCAAACUCGCUGAUUAUCUGCCCCGCAUGGUGGAGGUGCUGGGUCAAGAGGUUAUGGUGACAUGGGAUGACAGCGGCACCGAGUUGGAGCGGUUUGAUUUGACCCUCCUGGCGAGCUGCGAAUGCGACCAACGACAAAUCUUGACACUGCAGUUUGUGGACCCGAUCGGCAAGCAAACCUUCAUCAAGUUUUGUGCCAACCAAGCCGAAGACGACGGCGUGGCUCAAUUUGAACGCUUUCAGACCGUUUUGCAACGUGUGAUUGCGGCCAAUGAGGUCAACGGCUUUCACUCGGGGGCUAUCGUGCGCAUCAAAUGCAUGGCCUGUGGACAUGUGUUGGAAGCGGCGGAAGUACAAACCAUGAGCAGCGAUACCCGCUUCUGCCCUUCGUGCCGGUCUACUGACCUCUAUGAUCUCAAUGUCUCCGUGGCGGCCGAUGACACGGAUGGUCAUGAGGAGUCGCUGCGUGAUGAGGAAGAUGUGGGCCCCAGUAGUGGCGCCACAACGGACGAUGAGCGCAAUCGAAGAGUGGACAGCUCUGUCUCGGCCAAGAGUGGCGCAUCCCUGGCUUCGGCCGCUGAACCGGGCUCCGCUGUUCCAGCUUUGCUUAGUAGUCGUGCCUCACCCAACGUCGAGCGCAAGCAACAUCUCGACACGAGCGGCGGGCAGCUCGAUGCCUCAAUCAUGUCCGGCUCCAUCUCGAUCGCCAGUGCGGCUUUGAGCUUGGAAACUGGGUUGCAACGCAUACGUGAGCAUGGUACAUUUGAAGCGGAGCACACGCCAACCAAGCUUGACCAGGGACUCGAAGUCAUGUUGCCCCUGGAGCACUUCACAACCACCGAGGAGACCACAAUGGCCUGGCUCUAUGGACGUUUGGCAGUGGGCCAUGGCCAACCGCUGCUGGAGCGAGCCAUUCUCGUGGCCUCCAACCUGCACCUUUACGUCUUUGCCCAAGCCACAGAUGACGCGCCUGUGCGUGAUCUGAUUGAUGUGGUAGCAGCGACCCACGAUCGAGCCUUGAGUUCAAACAGCUCUCAUUGCGUGUGCAUCGUCCGUUGGCAAUUGCGAGACGUGGCGGGUGUGAGCAAUAAGCGGCUGCUCCCGCACGAUGAGGACGAAUGGUCGGCCUAUGCUACUGUUGUGGGCUCUGAUGACGAGGAGCAAUCCACUUUCCGACCACGACGUAUCGGAGAACUAGCCGUUGAAGACAUUCCCCAACUUGUUGCCGAGGUCCAGGCGUCACAGGUGUUUGUGACCAGUCGUUUGGAUGCUGCUCCUGUCGGCGCAUUUCGAGGCGGGGCCGUAGAUGCUGCCCAACGUGCUGCCUUUGGGCUGGUAUUGUUCGAGGGCCAGCCAAGAGUACAGGAACUGUGGACCAUGCCGGUGGAGUGCUUGGCGGGCUUGCUGUGGUCACCCGCUUCACCCCGCUUCUUUGGCUUGGAGUGGGACCCAGACGAGUUGGAGGAGCUGGAUCAGCAGCCAGAACUUCCCUCAAAAGACGAAGACGGGCUCAUGGCAACCUGGUGCUCCUUUGUCUCCAUGCAUGCGGCAACCGAGAUGAUGCUGGCCAUCAAUCGUGCGUACAUGGACGAGUUUGACAUUGAACUCACUUGGAAGAUUGUCAAUUGA